CCCCCACAGAAGAAAAACGAAACAAAACGCAGUACAAGAUGGCUGCGUUUGGGUGUUGUGGCUACUGAUUUGUGUAAGAUUAUUCUGUAGUGCUCGAUGGUUAAUUAGUAGUGAAUCUUAAAAUAUUCAUCGGCUAUUCAUCGGUGUGAAUCGCAGUUGUAUAUAACGCUUACGUGUGGAAGGAAGUUGCGUUAGGGGGAACAAUGCAAGCACGUCGUUGAAACAUUAAUCACGGUUCAGGGGGUGGAUGAUAGGAAUUUACUGAAAAUCCAAGAUAGAAGCCACUUGAAACGCUGGAGAAAGACGGUGGAGCUUCGGAGGAGGAGGAGAUGUCUGCCGGCACCCAGGGCGAGAUUCGGGUUGGCCCUUCGCACCAGGAAUUGGUUUCUUGUCAGGCCCGUUUGCCUGAGUAUCGGCCGGGUAUACCUCCUGGAGAGCUGCUUCCUGAUCCAGAGUUUUCUAAAGAACGAGAGGAGCUAAGAUGGAUUCCAGCUAUGGCAUUGGACGGGGAUCUUCUGAUGUACUUAAGGGCAGCUCGAUCUAUGGCUGCGUUUGCUGGUAUGUGUGAUGGAGGAUCCCCGGAUGACGGUUGUGUGGCUGCUUCCCGUGACGACACGACUAUCAAUGCUCUGGAUAUCUUGCACGACUCUGGCUAUGAUCCAGGAAGAGCAUUGCAAGCUUUGGUUAAAUGUCCUGUACCUAAAGGCAUCGAUAAAAAGUGGUCUGAGGAGGAAACUAAACGCUUCGUCAAAGGACUUCGGCAAUUUGGAAAAAAUUUCUCAAGAAUCAGAAAGGAUCUCUUACCUCAUAAAGACACGCCGGAAUUGGUUGAAUUCUACUAUUUAUGGAAGAAAACGCCAGGAGCGAAUAAUAACCGACCUCAUCGAAGAAGACGACAGGGUUCGCUUAGGAGAAUUCGUAACACGCGAAACUCGCGCGCUGGCACUCCCAAAGAAGAGGUGCCAACUCCACCCAAAGAUACUCCACCAGCUAACGUCAAUCAGAAGGAGCCUGUCUCGGAACCGGAAACUGUACCUGUUGGGACACCUGCGAGCAAUAAUCCUGGUGGGGAAAUUAGUUCCGUAACAGAAGACGAUAACUCGGAAGAGGAUAGUGAUUCCAGAGACACAAACACUAACGGAGCAACGCAUUCGUGUCAACAUUGUUUUUCAACUAAUUCGAAGGAUUAUCAGGUAGCUGGCAAGGACAGGUUAUUGCUUUGUACGGAAUGCAGGACACAUUUGAAGAAGACCGGAGAACUACCGCCUGCGCCACCAUAUCUGUUCCGCCCUGUGCCUGCGGAAUCACCAGAUAGCCCAGGGAGAAUGCGUACAAGAAACAAGGCCAAGGAAACGCCUAGACCUGCAAGACCACGACGUACAGGAGGAACGGAUACUCCUGAUCAGGAAAAGCAGCAGCAACAGCAACAGACGCCAGACAAGAAUAAGAAAAAAUCUAGUAAGCCAGAGACGCCGAAGAAAGGUCAAAAACGACCUCAGACGGAUGAAGUGGACGAGGACAAGGAGUCUCAGAAGCGAAAACGUCCUGGUGAACGUCCUGAGAGUCCCUCGGAGUCUCUCACGACCGAUAGCAACUCUCUCAUGGAUGAACCUGAAAGGGAAGGAGAAGGUGAUACGAACGAAAAUCAACCUACUCCUGUUACAGUGCCAACUGAAGAGCCUGUUAGUCCAGCAGUAACCACACCGGAAGAGCCUUCUGAACCAACUCCAGUUUCUACCCCCAUACCAACACCUAUACAGACUUUACCAAUUUCUGUUCCUGUUAUCCACACUUUGGAAAAGAAACCGUUAUUGGAAGAAUCAGUAGAAACGAAGGAUCAAAUAGAAGAUGUUCCUUUAGCUAUGAAUCAGCCAUUAAAGUUGGAACCUAUGCCAAUAGAACCAGUCAUGUCACCAUCUAACGAAGAUAUGAAGGAGCCCGAACAGCAGCUGAAUUUGACCACGUCGCAGUCGUUAAAUAUAAAUGAUAUGAGUCAAAAUAUGCCACGUAAUUUAUCACAGUCAAUGCAGAACAGUGGUAUUUGUGCUUCGACUGGUUCGCAAGGCAUGCAGAACUCGCAGAUCAUGUCUCCAACGCACCAAGGAUUGCCACUUAAUAUGCAGUACACACCCAAUGUUCCUCCUGUUCAGAAUGUGCCGCAAAACUUAUCACAGAGUAUGCAGAUGCCGCCGAACAUACCGCAGAAUAUGUCAAAUGCGCAAAACAUGGGACCAACACAAAACCUUCGAGCACACGGUGAGAACCUGUCAAGUACGCAAAAUAUGCCUCAAAGCAUACCGGGACCACCAUUGAACCUCAAUAUCUCGCAAAGCAUACCAACGAAUAUGACGCAGAUGCCUCAGAUGCCGAGUUCGCCACAACCACUUGGCUUAACCGUCAUGUCUUCUGAAAACAGAAUGUCCGAACGAAUUUCCGACGACAGAUUACCUCCGGAACGGAUUAGAGAUAGUAGGAUACCUGAUAGAAUACCAGAGAGGAUACCAGAAAGACCAGAAAAUAACGAGCCUGAGAGGAAUGAAUCGAAUAAUCUGUUCCAACCCAUUCAGUCAAGUGGAAUGUUAUCCAUGGAGAAACCGUCACCGAUGUACAAUUUAGCUGGAACGCCACCGAUGGAGCCUCAAAAUUUGAAGAUCAAGCAAGAGAUUAUUCCUCCUGAGCCAGAUCCGCUUCAAAGUUUAAAGGAAGUCAAAGUUCCUGGUUUUCAGUCUGGUUUUCCUGGUCCGAGUUUGGAGAAUAUUAAAAAAGAUCCAGAUAGUUCCAGCAAACCACCAACACCUAGCAAGCACUCCAUACCAAGCAGUCAACCUGUUCCUCAAAUACAAUCUGUAGCAGCUUCCCCAACGCCGACUCUUCCACCACCACCUACGUCUAUUCCACAGCCUGUGAUGCAUCCAGCCCAGCAACCAAGUCCUCAUAUGGCUCAUCCAUUCCACCCACACCAUCCCUUGAUGCAUCACUCAUUAUUUACCGCCAUGCAUCCGUAUCAUCCUCAUGCUUACCCAGGUUAUGCUCCAGUUGGUGCUUAUCCCUCGUUUCCACCAUAUCCUUACGGUGUUCCCCACGCAAUCCCUCCUCCAUCCCCACAAAGGAGUCAAGAAAGUACAACUAUGAUGACGGCACAUCAUUCAAGCACAAGUUCCAGUGUGACAACGAGAGAAGAAGGAGAGAAUCUCAUCGCGACGCAUCAUCACUCUUCUACAAUGCAUCAAGCCACGGCUCUGCAUCAUGACAAACUGUUGACGAUCUCCUCUCACAGUUCUCAUAGUCACUCUUCGUCGCACAGUUCACAUAAUACUCAACGUAAGCCAUCGCUAGUUCCAACCACAUGUCUGACAUCCAGUAGCUCAGCGCAUCAUCACCAUAGACCGCCGCAAUCUCAGCCUCCAGUCGCUCCUGAACCUAAAAUAGAACCUGACCUCGUAGAACAAGAACAAGAAGAACCACCAAGCCCACGAGGCCCAUCUCCAGAACCUCGAAUUGAAGAUUCUGAAUGUCACAGAUCACAAUCUGCCAUAUUUCUACGACAUUGGAACCGAGGCGAGAACAACUCUUGCACCAGAACAGAUCUGAUGUUCAAGCCUGUCCCAGAUUCGAAGUUAGCAAGAAAGAGAGAGGAAAGGUCGAGGAAGCAGGCAGAGAGGGAAAGAGAAGAACGUGAUAGAGCUGCGGCGCAACAAGCUAGGAAAAUGACCACGCCUGAGAAGCAGCCAGAAACAUGUAAGCCGCCUAGUCGUGGGCCUCUUGAGCCUGUCGUGUCUCCGUAUGACAGAUAUGCCGCAAGACCGGGAUCCUACGCUGAUACUCCUGCUUUGAGACAGUUGUCCGAGUACGCUCGGCCACACGCUGCAUUUUCACCUGCUAGACAUCCUGCGCCACCAGAUCCGAUGUUACAUUACAUGUAUAGUCCUGCUGCUCGAGAACGCUUAGAACUAGAACAUUUAGAACGUGAAAAGAGAGAACGAGAGAUAAGAGAAUUACGCGAACGAGAAUUAAACGAUCGAUUAAAAGAGGAACUUCUGAAGGGAACGCCUAGACCUAUGCCAGCGCCAGUGGAUCCACAUUGGUUGGAAAUUCAUCGACGUUACGCGGCCGCUGGACUCGCUCCUGGACCGUCAGGGCCUCCUCAGGCUCUCCAUCAAUUCAGUCUUUAUGGAGCACCGCCUGGACCCAGCCAGUUGGAAAGAGAACGUUUAGAAAGACUAGGGAUACCGACUGCAGCCGGCGGGGGGCCAGCGGGUGCAGGGGCUGGCCAUCCCGUAGCGGCUCAUCACCACGGCCAGCUGGACGAGCGACUGGCUCUAGCUGCUGACCCGAUGGUCCGGUUGCAGAUGGCUGGCAUUUCGCCCGAGUAUCAUGCUCACACUCACGCGCAUACGCAUGCGCAUACGCACUUACACUUACAUCCGGGACAGCAGCAGGCCCAGCAACAGGCUCAGCAACAGCAGGAAGCGGCUGCGGCUGCAGCUGGAUUCCCCCUGCCUGCGGCAGCUGGUGCAAAUUAUCCUCGACCAGGCUUAAUGCCCCGUGACCCAGCACUGGCUCUUCAUCCCGCAGAACUUCUUGGAAGACCGUACGCAGAUAUGGCGGCGCAUCACGAGCAAUUACAACGUCAUCUAAUGAUGGAACGCGAUCGAUUCCCUCCUCAUGCAUCGCUUGUUGCACACCACGAGGAAUAUCUAAGACAACAGCGCGAGCGUGAGCUUAAAGUUCGCGCACUGGAAGAAGCUGCACGUGGAUCACGCCCUUAAGUGUAAUUGUAUUUAUAUAUUCUAAUGAUAUCCUUUAUAAUUAGGGACGCGACGGUCCUCGUUAGAAACAAUUAACGAGUACUCGUCAGGCGGUGAUCGAGCACAAGACGUCAUGCUUUGCAAUUGACAAAAAAAAAAAGAGAUAAGAAAAAAGGUGCAAGGAUAAACAAAAAAAAAAAAAAAAAAAUAGAAACGAUCUGCUCAAGAUCGCUGACCUUACGUUUAUGAUCA